CGAUCGACUUGUGUAACAUAAGAGUAGAAAGUAUGGAAGAUCGGGAUGAACGAAACGAAAAUGAAGAUGCCACCAAAGCUUAUUUAGGUGCCGUGGAGGCACUAGAAGCUUGUCAAGAGCUUUUAUCAACUAUGAAAAGUCACAAGAUGCAAACGCGGCAGAAAAAACGUAAGCUUUCUAACAAUAGUGAGAGUAGUGACAGUGAAUCAGAAGCCGAACAAGAAGAAACUAAAGGUGUGAGUCGUAAACGAGUUACGAAAGAGUCAGCUGUGGACCGAGAGCACCGGCUAAGCGUGAUUCGUGAACGUCUAGCAAAUGAAACUCCUGAACAACGGGAACAUCGAUUAGGGCUAAUUCGUAAUCGACUUGCUAAUGAAACCCCUGAGCAGCGGGAACAUCGUCUUGGCUUAAUCCGUGAUCGUCUAGCAAAGGAAACUCCUAAGCAGCGAGAACGUCGACUAGGCCUUAUUCGUAGUCGACUUGAUAAUGAAACACCUGAGCAGCGGGAACAUCGCCUUGGUUUGAUCCGUGACCGCCUAGCAAAGGAAACUCCUAAGCAGCGAGAACGUCGACUAGGCCAAAUUCGUAAUCGACUUGCGAAUGAAACACCUGAACAGCGUGAACAUCGACUAGGCCUAAUUCGUAAACGACUUGCCAAUGAGACACCUGAGAAGAGGGAACAUCGACUAAGUUUGAUUCGUAAACGACUUGCUAAUGAAACUCCUGAACAAAAGGAACAUCGACUAAACCUAAUUCGUAUUCGUCGCGCCAAAAAAGCCGAACAAAAAAAGCAGUCACAGAGUAUGUAGACACGUUCCUAUGUUCAUUAUUAUCUCUAUGAUACUAUAGCAGGCAUAGAUAUUAUUACUCUAAUAAAUUCUUAAUAUUUUAA